AUGGAAGAAAACUUCAGUGUCAUUGGAAACCGUCUGGGGGAUGUAAGAGCUGUUGAUGCACGAGCUGCAAGGAUCCAGAUCUCCUUGAAUGCAGAUGAGCCUCUGAGAUUCACAGCAAGGGCGAGGCUUCAAUCCGGAGAAGUGGUUCGGGUAGAGAUGAAGUAUGAAAAACUCGAUCGUUGGUGUCUCACCUGCAGACACAUCUCUCACGACGAGAGAACUUGUCCUUUCCUCACUGAAGAUCAAAGACGUGAGAAGAUGAGGGAAAGAGAGGCUGAGAGGAGCUUAGCUCAAGCAUCGAGAGAAGACCUGAUACGUGACAGAGAUGUUAUGCAAAUGAGAAGACAGGCAGGCCAGAUCUCUUUACCUUUUCGAGACAGAACCACCCUCCCUCUGCAAAAUUACAAAUAA